ACCCGCAUUAGUAGAUAACCCAACAUACAGAAGAAUGACGCGGUCCCCGGCGAUAGCGGAGCUGCAUUGAUGGAUACCUCGUCUGAAUACUGAAUAGUGCAAGCGAACAAGGGACGGCGAUAGGAGGGUCAUUAUUAGUCGAAAGCUUUUAGACUCAAGUCGGACUUAUAACAUCAAAGCAAGGGUGGUUUGAUAAUCUUAGACACCUAUCAAAGGAUAACUCAAAAGAUAUGGUCACUUGCUCCAAAUAGCUAACGCAAAUCCGCCCUUCACGUUCGAUUUCUAUCUUACAGUUAGCAGUAAAGUUCCCGAAAGGAGAGGACGUGCGGAUUCAUUUGAGAACAUUCCUCCAGCAAAGUGUUAUCUAAUCCAGUGGUCAGUUUUCUGAGUUUUUGGACAAUAAAUGUCUGGAGGUGGUGGGAGUUAGGAACAUGUCGAGGACAGGGAAGCAACAGUUGGUGCGGUCCACUUCCGCUCUUGACACCGAGUAUAACGCGCUCAGGCGGAGGAUGAGUCGAUUAAGGGUACAGCAGGGACAACUUCCGGUGGCGGAUGACAUGGACUUAGAACCAAAUGAUGAAUAUUAUGGUGACUUACUGAAGUUUUGGAGGAAACAUAAGAUUUACAUGGGAAAAGAAAUGAUGUCAACGAUUGCAGAUGCAAAAGCCAAAAAGAAAGCAAAACAAAGGGGAAGGCGAAAAUCACACGAAUUUGAAGAUUUGAAUAUCAACAAGAAAACAGGCAAACUGACUCCAGCUAUAGAAGAAAGAGAAGAGGAACAUCAGGAGGAUGAAGAAGAUUCAGUGAAGAGUUCCCCGGAAGGAACACCGAAACUUAAAAAGAAAAGCGUGACUGAGAACCCUAAAAUAAACGGAAAAGUGACUCAUACAGAACACAGACAUAAACGGGAAGGUAGUACCACAUCCACAAGUUCUACCAGAAGUGGAUACUCAAGUGCAAAAAUACACACAAAAUCAACCGUCCAACGCAAAAUUUCUGAUCCUGCCAAACCAAAGAAAUAAGAAUGUAUCUAUUUCACAUUUCAGUUUAUAGAAGAGAAGGUGCUUUUUUUUAUGUAAAUGUGUACUUGGGAGACAAUGAUGGAACUGUGGUUUGCAUAUGAUCGAUUGUAUCACAAAUACUUAUCUGUAUAUAAUCAUGGUUAUUAGACUAGUAUAAACAGAAGAAUACUUACCAGCUUCAAAGAAGUAAAUAAAUAAAAUCAUAU